AUGUUUUCACCAAAGGAUAACGGCCAUGACAGGAUUCGGGAGGUAGAGCACCAUCUUGUGAGGCCAUCAAUGGAGAUGAAGGAAGGAACGCCGAGAAGCCAUGACAGUGAGAACGAGACUAAUGAUGAUGGUGGGAUUGAGGAUGCGAAUGAAGUGAAUGAUGAUGAAGGGGCUGAUGAUGAGACAGGCUAUGGAUCAGUGGAAUCUGGUGCAAUACUUUACAGUGAAGAAGAUGAUAUCAUGACUAUUCUCCAAGCACAGAAUGAAGAGAUUGCUCAUAAGAGGAGAUUGGCUAAACAAAAAGGGAAAAUAAGACGAUGCAAACCCAAUAAUUCUAAAAAGGAGAGGUCUAUCAUGGUGCGUUUCAGAGAUGGUUUAGUGAAACGAAUAGAUGAAGAUGAAUCAAAAGCUUUGGAAGUAUUGCCAUCUGUUGAGGAGAUCAGAGAGGGGGAUAAGUUGAUAUCAUUACAAAGGAGGUUCAUGUGGAGUAAGGAGGAUGGAAAGAAUGGCAUAGCGAUGGUAAGGAGUAAGAAAAAUCAAUCAAAGAUGAGUAGCUUACAAUGGAAGAAACUGAAAGUCUUGGAAACGGGUUUUUAUGGUACUGUUUAUCUUGCAAUUGUUGUUGAUACACAAACACCGUAUCAGAGCUUCAUUGCUGUAAAGAGAUCCAUUUUCAGAUUGGCAUUCUCACUGAAGAAAGAAGAACAGAUUUUUAAAUCAUUGUGCGAAGGUGAAAGCAGUGGUUGCGAAGAAAUCAUUCGAUGCUUUGGAAUUGAGACCACGGUAGAGCACAGACCUUAUUUUUACAAUCUUCUGUUGGAGUAUACUCCUCACGAUUCUUUGGAUGACUUAAUCCACAAGAAACUUCUGCUGGGGACCGACGUGAGCGUCAAUGCACACGUGAUUGUUAAAGGACUUUCGCAUAUUCAUCGUAAAGGAAUUGUCCACUGUGACCUCAAGCUGGAGAACAUUAUUUUGUUUCCUUCAUUGGACAAAGAGAGUACAAAAUAUCAAUUGAAGAUCGCAGAUUUUGGAUUAUCUAAGACCAAAGAGGAAGAAGCAGAUGUUGAGGUUUGGAAGUCCAAGCCUAGAGGUAUGCCAUCAUACUUGUCGCUAGAGGAAUUUUCCAAUCAUAUUGAUGCUCCGAUGGAUAUAUGGGCACUUGGUUGCAUAGUGAUUGAAAUGUUGGUAUUACAAAUGCUCAAUGGAUUGCCUGCAUGGGGUGAGAGCUUUUUGCGUACUGAGGAGUAUUUGAGGUUCUUCGUUGAGUAUCUUGAACUAUCACCAAAGAAGCCGAAAGAAAUCAGUAUUUUCUGUUAUGAUUUUCUGGAAAAGUGCUUUAUGAAGGAUCCUAACAAGAGGUGGACUAUUGACAUGCUUCUUGAUCAUCCUUUUCUUUAUAUCACACUUUUCUAUUCAUAUCAUCCUUUUCUUUAUGGUUCAUGUAGUUAG